CUUUCUCCUUCUCUGUCUUUCUCUCCGGUUGCAUAUUUUAGGAAGUUCGAACUAUCGGCGUUUGGAAACAUUUACGUAAGUUGCGUAUCAUCGUCGAAGGUCGAGCACGACGUUCACGUUUUUCCAAUUCCAAUUGGUGCGACGUCUCCGAAGCAACCGAUUAAAUACAAUGAAUUUGGACGAUGUGCUGGAGGAGCUGGGCGAGUUGGGACGCUUCCAGAUCACGACGUAUUUGCUAAUCUGUCUGCCUGUGCUCUUCUCAGGAGGCAACAGUCUUUCUUACGUUUUUACAGCCGGCUCUCCUGAUUACAGGUGCCAAAUUCCUGAUUGCGAGAACAAGGUGAACCCAAAGUAUGAGGAGCCAUGGUUGCAGAUUGCCAUACCCAAUAUGUAUAAGACCAAUACAAGCUACAAGGCUGCAAUGUGCACUCGAUUCAAGCAUGUGGGGAAUGGGUGUGAGGUGGAGAAUUUUCAGACUGACACUGAGGAGAGAUGCCAGGAUUUGGUGUUUGAUGAUGAGAGGACUAUAGUGCAGGAGUAUGAUAUUGUGUGUCCAGAAAACAGAUAUAAACUGUCGCUGGUAGGAAACAGCCAUUUCUUUGGGAUCCUGGUGGGAUCGUUCACGUUCGGUGUUUUAUCGGACAAAUAUGGAAGAAAGUACAUGUUUAUAUUGAGCAUCUUCAUCAUGUCUCUAGCUGGGGUAUCUCAUGUGAUGGCAACAAGUUACUACGGUUUUAUGGCCGUGGCGUUUUUCCACGCCGUCGGAACGGCCGGAGUUUAUCCGCUGGGAUUCGUUAUUGGCGUGGAAUUGGUGGGCAGGAAGAAGCGCGAAUUGACUGGAGUGGUGUUAAACUUCUUCUACGCGAUUGGAGAAGCUCUUCUCGGAGUGAUAGCUUGGUACACCAAGAACUGGAUGUGGACGCAGCUGUUUAUCUCGGGGCCUUGUUUCGUAUUCAUCCUCUACGUGUGUAUAAUUCCAGAAUCCGUGAGGUGGCUGAUCUCACAGAAGAAGCUACGAGAGGCCAAAGAUGUGAUCGAAAAAGCUGCAAGAAUUAACAAAGUGUCCAUAUCCAAGGAGAUGAACGACUGUUUCAAGGAACAGCCUCGCGGAGAAGAUGAUAAUGGAAAGGUGGAUCUUAUGUGGCCAGCGAUGAAGCAGAUGUUGAAAACGCGAGUCCUGGUCAUCCGAUUGAUAAUCGUAUUUUUCUUAUGGGCCGCGAAUGCUUUUAUUUACUACGGCCUAUCCUUGAAUUCUACGAGUAUGGUCGGAUCGAAAUAUCUGAAUUACAUCCUGGGCUGUCUCAUAGAAAUACCAGGUUACAUGAUCUCCUGGCUGGCCAUAUCGAAGAUCGGACGCAAAAAGUCCAUCAUCAUCUGCCUCUUUGCGUGUUCAAUCAAUUGUGCUAUCUCGGUGUUCGUUACUACAGAGUUGACUUGGUUAAUUUUAACGUUGUUUUUAAUUGGUAAACUAAGCAUCACCGCAUCGUUUGGUAUCGUAUACGUGUACACGUCUGAACUAUUCCCGACGGUGAUCCGAGGUGCGAGCAUUGCCUCGGCCUCGACCAUUGCCAGGUUGGGUGCAUUCCUAGCGCCCUUCGUACCUCUGCUCGGUUUGUAUGUGACUUACCUGCCUAUGCUCCUAUUUUCCGCGAUAGCAGUGAUAGCCGCAGGUCUAGCCUUCAAGCUACCAGAGACGCUCAACAAGCAGCUGCCGGAAACCGUGGAGGAUGCGAUCAACAUCUAAGCUCUAUCCACGAAAUGCAUAAUUUUAUAUUAGUUUUUCUUUGUUUCGUUUUAUAAGAAAAAUAACAAUUUUAGUAUUCGCA